AUGACCAAUCUGAAAAGCUUUGUAGCAAAUUUCGAUGCCGAACGGGACAGUGGACAACUCGAGGGAUGGAAGCAACGAAUUGCAAAUUUAUACCACGAUUUUCAGUUUAAUCGGUUGCAAAUGGAAUCGGCACUAGAUGAGACCGGUGAAUCAAAGACAGAUGAAAAGGGGAGCAAGAUUUCAGAGGAAGCUAAUAGGGCGAUUCGGCGAGCGUUUGAACAAGAUUAUGUUAUGGUUUACAGUUUUCUCACCAAUAUGCUGUACUCGAAUCCUCAGCUUUCGCCAAUCGAUAAAUUGUCGUAUCUCGUUGCUUCCUUGUCAAAAGAUGCCAGAAAGGUAAUUGAAUCGAUCGAGCACACCGCCGCCAAUUAUACUGUUGCAUGGCAUCUGUUAGAAAGGCGUUUUGACAAUAAAAAACUGGUGGUAAAAACGUAUAUUGACAGUCUAUUCUCAAUUGAUCCAAUGAAAAGAGAGUCGUAUGAGUCGCUGAUGCAAUUGGUCGACGAUUUUGAGCGGAACCUGUGCAUGAUCGAAAAGAUGAACAUACCAACCGACGGUUGGAGCGUAUUGCUAGCACACAUGGUUUGCAGUAGGCUUGAUCCUUCCACUCUGAAACAAUGGGAAAUCCAUCACAAAUCAACUGAUGUACCCACGUACCAUGAUGUUAUCGCAUUUCUUCGUACUCAUCUUACGGUGCUCCAAUCGUUGACGCCGUUCAAAGCUCGUUCGUUUGAUUAUGUGAAAUCGGAAACGGUCCGGUCGCAGAAGUCUAAAGUAAAUACAGUCCAUACAGCUACCAACUCAUCGCCCGGUACGUGUCCAUUUUGCUCAAAAUACGCACAUUCUCCGUUCAAAUGUGACGUGUUCCAAAAACUCUCCGUGGCGCUGCGCUUCGAGCAAGUAAAAAAGCUAAACCUCUGCAUCAAUUGUUUUUCCUCCUCCCACCUACUAAGGAAUUGCUCAUCCGGUGCAUGCAGAGUAUGCAACCAGAAGCACCAUACAAUGCUACACCAAUCACCGACCGAUCGCUCGUUCACCCAAUCGAAAUCGCCUAUACCUAUCGCUUCUAGUUCGCAACCACCGAAGUCGUCAAAGGACAAUCAACCCAACUCGUUAAACCAAUCUUCAACUUCUCGAUCCUCGCCACCAGCAGAAUCCCAAACGCCAACAGCCACUGCCUCUAGCCUUGUUUCCACCACUCUCGUCGGAAGUUCCUGCAAUGUUCCUGCCACUGUACUGCUGCAAACAGCCAUUGUAAAGGUCUUCAAUUCAUAUGGGAACGCACAGUGGGCCAGAGCGCUCUUGGAUCCUGCUUCUCAGUUGAACUUAAUAACGGAAAAUCUCGUACAGAAAUGCCAGUUGCGUCGCUACUCCAAUCGUCAAGAAAUUGGUGGUGUAGGCAACUCUAUCGUCGUAUCGUACCAUGCGGUUACCAUUCGUAUUGGAUCUCGGUGUUCGGAUUUCCUCGCAGACGCACAGUGUCAUAUUCUUAAGAAAAUCACACGAGAACUUCCAGUUCGGUGUGUCGAUACUUCCCCAUGGCAUAUUCCAUCUAAUAUUGUCUUAGCAGACCCGAAAUUCCAUGAACCUGGACCCAUCGAUUUACUUAUCGGGAUGGAGUUGUAUUAUGACCUGUUGCUCGAAGGUUUUCUUAAACUGGGUCCAGAAAAACCAAUUUUGCAAGGAACUGUUUUCGGCUGGGUUGCUUCCGGAAAGGUCGGUUCCAGUCGGCCUGAUUCAACUCUUAAACUGGCACAUGUCACCAGCACACAGUCUCUCGAUGAACAACUAUCUCGCUUUUGGGAAAUAGAAUCAUGUUGGACUACCAGUACCCAAUCCUUAGAAGAAACCGCUUGUGAAAACCACUUUGCCGCAAGUGUAUUUCGAGAUCAGACCGGUCGCUUUGUUGUCACCCUUCCCAAACGAGCUGAAAUUCUAAAUCAACUGGGAAAUUCGAAGGAGAUUGCUACUCGCAGAUUUCGCGCUCUCGAACGCCGUUUUGAUGCUAAUCCUCACCUGAAGGAAGCUUACACGGUUUUUAUUGACGAAUACCAUCAACUUAACCACAUGCGGGUGAUCUCAGACAGUGAAGCUUCCGCGCCUAUAGCCUAUUACCUGCCACACCAUGGCGUCGAAAAGGCAAAAAGUACAACAACGAAACUGCGAGUUGUUUUCGACGCCUCAUGCCGCACUGAUACCGGAAUCUCAUUGAACCAGGCUCUCAUGGUGGGCCCAGUCAUCCAAGAUGAUCUGUUGUCAAUUAUUUUACGCUUCCGGAUGCAUCGAUAUGUCAUUAUCGCCGACAUCGAAAAAAUGUUUCGCCAAAUACGUGUGCACCCGUCGGAUUACCCACUGCAACGUAUUCUUUGGCGUUGCUCAUCGUCUCAGCCCCUUCGUACUUUCGAACUUACGACAGUGACUUAUGGCACGGCCUCUGCUCCUUACUUGGCAACCAAGUGCCUUCAACGGCUGUCGGAGGAUGGAUCCAAUGAUUUCCCUCUUGCUUCUUUAGUCCUAGGUAAGGACUUUUAUAUGGACGAUAUGCUGACCGGGGUUGACAACGAAGCUGAAGGGAGUGAACUGUGUCGACAACUGUUGCAGUUGCUCCAAUCUGCCGGUUUGAGCCUGCGUAAAUGGUCUUCGAAUUCCUCGACUAUUCUUUCGGAGAUCCCACCCGAACUUCGUGAUGAACGAAGUACUCUAGCUCUUGACUCGCCCAUCACUCAAAUCAAAACUUUGGGCUUGCAUUGGCAGCCGUCCGACGAUGUGUUUCGUUAUUCCGUGCCCAAAUGGUCUCAAGAGGGACCGAUUUCUCGCCGUAUUGUACUGUCCGACACAGCUCGGCUCUACGAUCCUCUAGGGCUUAUUGGUCCAGUCGUAGUGAUCGCCAAACUUUUCGUACAAACCCUCUGGCGAACUUCUAAUAACUGGGAUGAUCCGCUAGACGAGGCCCAGCAGCAGCAUUGGUUGGAGUUUCACUCGAUGAUUACUCUGCAUUGGCUUAGUUCGAGUCCAUCACGAUGGAAGACAUUUAUUGCUAAUCGCGUCUCGGAAGUGCAGCAUUUAACAAGUGGAGGUGUAUGGGCUCAUGUACCUGGCAUCGAGAAUCCUGCGGAUAUAAUCUCCCGAGGAAUGUAUCCAGAUCAACUGAAGCAAACAUCUCCGUGGUGGAGUGGAGCACCAUGGCUUAGCCGAUCCUCUCGUUUUUGGCCACCGCUAACCUGUCCAAUUACCGUCGAUUCCCUACCGCCAGAACUGCUGGAGGAAAAGGCUGUCUCAUUGCCAAUUCAAGUGUACCAGCCAAAUGAAAUUUUCUUCAUUCGAUCAUCGUUCUCAGCUCUCGUUCGUAUUGUUGCCUUACUUUGCCGCUUCAUUCAUAACAGCAAACCCAACAACCGGAGUAGUAGGAGAUCAGGUUUACUAUGCACGAUGGAGCUCAAUGAAGCCGUGAAGGUCCUUGUUCGACUAGCACAGUCAGAAGUAUUCGCUCAAGAUAUCGCAGCAGUGUCCAAGGACGGUCAAGUGGGACCGAAAUCAGCUCUGAAACAUCACACUCCAAUUAUCGUCGAUGGGAUCCUCAGAAUUCGUGGCCGACUUCGACAUGCGGCCAUAUCUCUAGAUCGGAAACAUCCAAUGAUUCUGCCUACUAUCACCUAA